GCAGCUCCAAGAUGGCGGCGGCGAAGCGCGCGCUGGUGAUUUUGGCCAAAGGCGCCGAGGAGAUGGAGACGGUGAUACCCGUCGACCUCAUGCGCAGGGCCGGGAUCACCGUUACGGUGGCCGGGCUAUCGGGGAAAGAGCCAGUGACCUGCAGCCGUGACGUGGUGAUCGUCCCUGAUUCCAGCCUUGAAGAUGCUGUUAAAAAGGGCCCGUAUGAUGUGGUUGUGCUCCCUGGAGGAAACCUUGGUGCCCAGAAUUUAUCUGAGUCUCCCGCUGUUAAGGAAGUGUUGAAAGACCAGGAGAGCAGAAAGGGUCUGGUCGCCGCUGUCUGUGCAGGACCCACAGCGUUGUUGGCUCACGGGAUAGCCUACGGGAGCAAAAUUACAUCCCACCCCUUGAUGAAGGAUAAGGUGAUGAAUGGAGCUCACUUCACCUAUUCGGAAGCUCGAGUGGAGAAGGAUAAGAAUAUCAUCACCAGUCGAGGUCCAGGGACCAGCUUUGAGUUUGGCCUGGCAAUUAUUGAAGCACUGAUGGGGAAAGAGGUGGUUGACAAAGUCAAGGGGCCACUGGUCCUCUAGAGCGGUCUGAAGAGAGGACCCGAGGGAACGAACAUCCCAUGUGAAUCCAUUUAUUAGCCUUCCCGCACAGCUAGUCUGUAAUUGCACAUUAACAGCUUCUGAGAAACGUGACUGAUGGCUUUAAUCCUGGAGUUCCCAAUGAAAAGAGACGGGUUCUUACAUGGCUAAAGUCCCCCCCAAGUGUGAUCUCCUCAAACGGUAGCAUGCCUUAUAAGCAGCCACUAAACCCAUUGUACUCGGAAGGACUCUGGAGGUUACUGAUGUGGCUGCUGCAUAUUCCUGUAGUGUGGCUAUUGAAGCCAUUGCCCUCUUGUUGUUGUGCAAUUCCAGUGAGUGAGAUCUGUGGAAUGAUGUCAUUUUUUCUCCCUGUCCAUGAUGUAAACCCGACUCUCUAUGAAUCCUUAAUUUGUGUUGAAUUCAGGGUGAGUGUUAAACCUACGUGGAAUCUGUUACUUCGAUUUGAACCCACAUCAUUCAGAAGUUGUCUUUUGAGGGAUGGAAUGUGGCUAUAACUGACUGAAAUGUUACUGAGGAUCUGUUGGCUGUUGGAACAUGGUGUAGAUUUCCACCUCGUCCCAAUAAUUGUUGCUGUAGUAGUUUCUAUUUGCCUUCAAUAAAUCAUCAGUACU